GAAUACCAAAAAUUCCAUUCUCAAUUGACUUGACCCAGCGUCCUUUUCAUUUUACAUUUUUAUUCUUUCUUUCUACUUUCUACACUGCGUGACCGUUGCCAUUGAAAAAUAAAAAUAAUGCGGGGUUGUGUUUCCGCGUGGGUGGCCUUGGCCGCAUUGGCGGUGACGGUUACGGUUGUAUACGGCGGUUUCCCGGCGAGUUUUCUUCCUCUUGAACGGACUAUCCCUCUUAACCACCGAGUUGAACUGACGACACUCAGAGCUCGCGACAGAGCUCGUCACGGUCGAAUCUUGCAAGAUACUGGCAUUCUCGACUUCUCAGUCCAAGGAACCUCCGAUCCUUACUUAGUUGGGCUGUAUUUCACGAAAGUGAAGAUGGGUUCUCCUGCCAAAGAAUUUUCCGUUCAGAUUGAUACUGGAAGUGAUAUCUUGUGGCUUAAUUGCAAUACUUGCAAUAAUUGCCCCCAAUCUAGUGGCUUAGGGAUUGAGCUCAAUUUCUUUGACACGGCUAGUUCGUCCACUGCUUCACUGGUUUCCUGCUCGGAUCCGGUGUGUUCUUAUGCGGUUCAAACUGCCACAAGUCAAUGCUCGUCUCAGGUUAAUCAGUGCAGCUACACCUUUCAAUAUGGGGAUGGAAGUGGGACAUCCGGUUAUUAUGUUUAUGAUGCCAUGUAUUUUGACGUGAUCAUGGGACAGUCUGUGUUUUCUAACUCUUCUUCUACCGUCCUCUUUGGCUGUAGCACCUAUCAGUCUGGGGAUUUGGCUCGGACAGAAAAGGCGGUUGAUGGAAUUUUUGGGUUUGGCCCCGGUGCUUUAUCUGUUAUAUCACAAUUGUCAUCAAAAGGCAUGACACCCAAAGUGUUCUCUCAUUGCUUAAAGGGAGAGGGUAAUGGAGGAGGUGUACUGGUUCUUGGUGAAAUUUUGGAGCCAAAUAUUGUUUAUACGCCACUUGUCCCAUUACAGCCUCAUUACAACUUAAAUCUUCAAAGCAUUGCUGUCAAUGGACAACUUCUCCCAAUCGAUCAAAAUGUAUUUGCAACAGCUAACAACCGAGGAACUAUAGUUGAUUCUGGUACUACAUUGGCAUACCUUGUUCAAGAAGCUUAUGAUCCCUUUCUCAAUGCUAUAACAACCACUGUGUCACAGUUUUCCAAACCCAUUAUUUCCAAAGGAAAUCAGUGCUAUCUCGUCCCAACCAGCCUAGGUGACAUAUUUCCUCAAGUCAGUUUCAAUUUCAUGGGUGGAGCAUCCAUGAUUUUAAAACCAGAACAGUAUCUUAUACAUUAUGGUUUCCUGGAUGGUGCUGCAAUGUGGUGCAUUGGUUUCCAAAAGGUGCAGAAGGGAUUCACGAUUUUAGGAGAUCUUGUCCUGAAGGAUAAGAUAUUCGUAUACGACUUAGCUAAUCAACGAAUUGGGUGGACCGACUAUGAUUGUUCCUUGUCUGUAAAUGUCUCUAUGGCUACAAGCAAGAGUAAGGAUGCAUACAUCAAUGCAGGACAGAUUAGCGUCAGCUCCUCGCACGAUGGUUUUCUCCCCAAGUUGCUACUUAUAAGCGCUGCGGCUUUUCUUUUGCAUAUAGUACUUUUCACUGAGCCCCAGAUUUUGUAGAUAGUAUUCAAGAGUCAAAGCCCAUUCUUCGAAAAGCAUACUGGGGUCAGUCAUUGUUUAUUUAUUGUCGGCAUGGCAUACCCUUGAUAUUUUAGAACGGAAGUGGUUCGUGUUUUCCCCUGCCCUAUGUUUUAUCAUAUUGAUAUAUUUCCAUUUAGUUAGUUUGAGGCAUGUGCGGAUCUCACUGUUAAAGGGCUAUGUUGUUGUGAAAUGGCAAAUUUGUAGAUGGAAAUUAUAUUAUUUAUAUAAAGUUUACCAGAGGCCAAUUCCACUCUACCAGCUACUGUUCCCAUUGUUGUUUUGUUACUAUAGUUAGUGAUAGUUAAAGAAGUUUAUUGAUGAAUGUUAUUUGUAUACUGGCUCAUGGAGUCAUGGACCAUAUGAUGUCAGACUAGAGCUCUAUAAAACAAAAUAUAUAUCAGUGUGAUCAA